GGCAGGAAGGGCGCGCGUCGACGCGGCCGACGAGUACGGUCGCACGGCGCUGUUCCUCGCGGCGGCCGCGGGGCAGCGCGUCGACCGGUUGCUCGCGGCCGGCGCGGACCCCACGCGUCAGGCGCACGGCGGCUGGAAGCCCAGCCACUUCAUACCCCGAGAGCCACUUCCGCUGCUCGGCCCGACGCCGCCCGCGUGGCGGCUGAUGAUUGCGCGGGACCCGCCGGCGCCGACCGCGACGACGCGACCGCUGCGCGGCCUCGCCCACCCCGGCGCCGGCAGCGUGAUCGUCGACGGCGCAGCGACGGCCGACGAGGUCGCCGCGUUCCUGGAGCUGGCGCGGGGGUUGCCCGUCGCGCCGGCGGAGAAGGCCGCGUGCGCGGACCGGAGCUAUUUUUAUGAUGCCGACGGCGCGUUCGGGCGGCGCUUUGCGGGCGUCGCCGCGGCGGCGUGGGGCGUUUCCGUCACUCGUAUUAGAGUGAACAAAUGUUACCGCGUGCUGACUUAUGCGCGGGCGGGCGGGUGUCUUCCCGCGCACGUGGACUUGCACCGCGAUUUAGGUGAUGGCGGCCCGCCGACGACGCACACCUUCCUUCUUUACCUCAGCGACGAUCCCGAGGGCGGAUCAACGUCGCUGCUGAGUGCGCUUCCCGGCGACGACGCGCUCGCGCUGUCGGGAGGCCUCGUCGACGGCGCGCGGACGACGCUCUACGCGGUGCAUCCCAAAGCCGGCCGCUUAUUUCUGAUGCCGAACGCGUGUCCCCACGAGGCGGCGGGUGUGGUGCGGGCGCCGAAGGUGUUGAUUCGGGGCGAAUUGCGGCUUCGCUAGUGUUGUACUUUUGUGUACCUUGGUACUUAUUUCGUAGGGGGAAGGAGGG